AUGCAUAAAGCAACUGUCUCAACACUUUUCGAGGGUCAUGGGACCUUCUACCAAAGGAUGAUAAGGAAAAAUGGCGAUGAAUCCUAUGAACCUCUUGGUGAAAUUGGUGACUUCAAAUUUACUAUUGAAAAAAAAUCCCGCUUCAGCAACAAUCAGUACAUGGCUACAGUCUAUCAUGAUGAUGAUAACGAGCUAAGUCAGCCCAUCAGCAUUCAAAUGGAACUUUUGUACUGCAAAGAGUACUCCUCUGUGCACUGGUCCACUAAAAUUGACAAAAAAAUUGAAGACUUAGCCUUUCGCUUCAUAGACAUCAAGGACUUCCCUGCUGUCAAUGUAAUGAGUCGUUGUGUGGAGGUGUACAAUCAAUGUAUAUAUGCUAUUAUGACCGGGACAGAUGUACCAGAUACGUCAGAUGAGUGGUACCAAUACAUGGCCCCAGCCAAUACACGUACCAUCAUCAACGAGGACGACGAGAAGCCUAUAUAUGCCUUCGACAUCAAUUCGGCCUCCCAAAUGCAAACCGGAGGGGGUAAUAUAUGCUUUUCUCAUGCCAUGCAUCUCAAUCGAGCCCUCAUUUUGAGGAAACACGGUGAUAAUGCAAAUAGCUUGGAAAUGCUCGCGCUUCCAGUUCAAGACCAAAAGGGUCGUUUUUCGAAAUCUCUUGAAAAAAUUGUGGUGGAUGGUGUGGACUCAACGAUCAAAGGAAGUCUAAUGGAUGCAACAGAACACAAGCUGAUGGUAUUCGGUGGGGAACAAAACAAAAUCGGGGAAAUUGAUCUUGAACGAGGAAAAGUAGUACAGGAGUAUAAUCCAGGGAAUAAGUCGAUCGUUUCGGUGGCAUAUAGUGCCAAGACAGCUGAUAACAGCAACGGCGUCUAUACCUGUCUCGCCCCAAAUGUGGCCUUUAACAUAGACACACGCAUGGAUCCCAGGUCAUGUGUGGUCCUGGAGAGUGGAAAAGACUUAGACAGCUACAGUCUGAAGUCUGCAAAGCCGCUUACAUGUCAUGCCACAUCCAAGGCUGGUCACCUCGCAACGGGUGAUUCGAUUGGUAAUGUUCGCCUCUACACUGGGCCACCGGGAUCGCGCAAACCCGGGGGCGGUCACUUUCCGAAAACCGCAAAAACCCUCUUGGAUACCAAAACCCCUAUCCUCUCACUCGACAUCACGGCUAACGGGAGUCAUAUACUGGCAACCUGUGAGAAUUUCAUUCUGCUUAUCAAUACCAAAUACCUGGACAAUGACGGCAAAGAAGCAGACGGGUUUAAAACCAGGAUGGGAAAGCACAAACCGACACCUCUGCGUCUGCUUCCAUCUGCAUUACAAAUUGAAGAAAUGAAAAGUAUGGAUGAGGUGCGCUUUACGAGUGCCAAAUUCGAUGUUGAUACAUCCACUGGAGAACAUUGCGUCACGGCCAGUUGUGGUAAGUUUUUACUGGUUUGGAGCAUGAAUGCGCUGAUAAAGGCAGAAGAAAAAAAUAGAAAUGCGCCAUGCGAUAUGGUCUCAGUUGGUCACACGGCUCUGUCUAUCAACACACCACAGUCUUCCACGGUGACCUAUCUAUCAAAGGAUAAUAUCGGGUCUAUACCGAUCGAGGAGUCUAAGCGAUCCUUUCGAAAAUGGACCUGGGGGCAAAGAGAUUGA